AUGGAAUAUGGGAGAAGGGGAUGGAAUCUGGGAGAAGGGGAUGGAAUCUGGGAGAAGGGGAUGGAAUUAGGGAGAAGGGGAUGGAAGCUGGGAGAAGGGGAUGGAAUCUGGGAGAAGGGGAUGGAAUCUAGGAGAAGGGGAUGGAAUCUAGGAGAAGGGGAUGGAAUCAGGGAGAAGGGGAUGGAAUAUGGGAGAAGGGGAUGGAAUCUGGGAGAAGGGGAUGGAAUCGGAGAGAAGGGGAUGGAAUAUGGGAGAAGGGGAUGGAAUCUGGGAGAAGGGGAUGGAAUCUGGGAGAAGGGGAUGGAAUCUGGGAGAAGGGGAUGGAAUCUAGGAGAAGGGGAUGGAAUCUGGGAUGGAAGCUGGGAGAAGGGGAUGGAAUCUGGGAGAAGGGGAUGGAAUCUGGGAGAAGGGGAUGGAAUCUGGGAGAAGGGGAUGGAAUCUGGGAGAAGGGGCUGGAAUCUGGGAGAAGGGGAUGGAAUCGGGGAGAAGGGGAUGGAAUCUGGGAGAAGGGGAUGGAAUCUGGGAGAAGGGGAUGGAAUCUGGGAGAAGGGGAUGGAAUCAGGGAGAAGGGGAUGGAAUAUGGGAGAAGGGGAUGGAAUCUGGGAGAAGGGGAUGGAAUCGGAGAGAAGGGGAUGGAAUAUGGGAGAAGGGGAUGGAAUCUGGGAGAAGGGGAUGGAACCUGGGAGAAGGAGAUGGAAUGAGGGAGAAGGGGAUGUAAUCUUGGACAAGGGGAUGGAAUCUGGGAGAAGGGGAUGGAAUCUGGGAGAAGGGGAUGGAAUCUGGGAGAAGGGGAUCGAAUCAGAGAGAAGGGGAUGGAAUCAGGGAGAAGGGGAUGGAAUCUGGGAGAAGGGGAUGGAAUCUGGGAGAAGGGGAUGGAAUCUAGGAGAAGGGGAUGGAAUCUGGGAGAAGGGGAUGGAAUUUGGGAGAAGGGGAUGGAAUCUGGGAGAAGGGGAUGGAAUCUGGAAGAAGGGGAUGGAAUCUGAGAAAAGGGGAUGGAAUCUGGGAGAAGGGGAUGGAAUAUGGGAGAAGGGGAUGGAAUCUGGGAGAAGGGGAUGGAAUCUGGGAGAAGGGGAUCGAAUCAGGGAGAAGGGGAUGGAAUCUGGGAGAAGGGGAUGGAAUCUGCGAGAAGGGGAUGGAAUAUGGGAGAAGGGGAUGAAAUUUGUCAGAAGGGGAUGGAAUUUGGGAGAAGGGGAGGGAAUCUGGAAGAAGGGGGUGGAAUCUGGGAGAAGGAGAUGGAAUGAGGGAGAAGGGGAUGGAAUCUGGGAGAAGGGGAUGGAAUCUGGGAGAAGGGGAUGGAAUAUGGGAGAAGGGGAUGGAAUCUGGGAGAAGGGGAUGGAAUCGGAGAGAAGGGGAUGGAAUAUGGGAGAAGGGGAUGGAAUCUGGGAGAAGGGGAUGGAAUCUGGGAGAAGGGGAUGGAAUCUGGGAGAAGGGGAUGGAAUCUAG